UCCCCUCCAUCAUUUUCCUCUCCUUUCUUUCUCUUUCCUAUUCUGCAUUGCUUGUUUUGAUUUGGAUUUUUCUGGUAUCUAGUGUGUCCAAAUCCCCCACCCUCCUUUCUCUCUGAUCCCAUCCUUUUCACCAGAGCAUUAUUCGAUUUCGUCUCCCCCUCUCUUUCCUUCUCUAUCUAACUUUUUAUUUUCUUUCCCUUCAACCCAAGUUGUGCUAUUAUCCCCUGUUUUCCCGAAUUCUCUCAACUCUGCCUCUCUCAUUUCUGGUCUUGCUCUGCUCUUCUCUGAGUGAAGGAUUGCAAAUGAAGAAGGUUAUUCUGAGGUUGGAUUUGAAUGAUGAUCACAAAGCCAAGCAGAAGGCAUUGAAGACAAUCUCUACUCUUUCAGGCAUUGAUUCCAUCGCCAUGGACAUGAAGGAGAAGAAACUAACAGUGAUCGGUUCGGUGGAUCCGGUGAAUGUGGUGAGCAAAUUGCGCAAGUAUUGGCCAACGACAGAUAUAAUCUCAGUAGGUCCAGCAGUUGAGCCUAAGAAAGAGGAACCAAAGAAGGAAGAAGCAAAGAAAGAAGAAGGAAAGAAAGAAGGAGAGGAAGCGAAGAAAGAAGGGGAAGAGGCGAAAAAGGAGGAACCGAAGAAAGAGGAGGAGAAGAAAGAAGGAGGAGAGGAAGCGAAGAAAGAAGAGCCAAAGAAAGAGGAGGAGAAGAAGAAAGAGGCUCCUCCUCCAGAUCCUGUCUCAGACCUUGUCAAGGAUUACAGAGCUUACAACCCUCACAUGACAACUUACUAUUAUGUGCAAAGCAUGGAAGAGAAUCCAAAUGCUUGUGUUAUUUGCUAAGCAAGCAAGAGCUCAAUAUGUUCCUCAGAAUGAGGCACUCAAAAAUCAUCUUCCCAAUGCCAAUAGGUGGUCAGAACCCCAGACAGUAGGAGCUGUUCUACUCUGUAUAUAGAAUGGUACUGCCUCACUGAAAUGUUGAAUUAAACAUUAGUAAUGUGUGUAGAGAAAUAAACAUGAAUUCUAAAUUUUGUUUUGAUCUCA